GGGGUUUCAACGAGGUCACGGAAGCAUCGAAGCAGUGAAGCAUCACGGGAAAACACGUGUGGAGCUACGCGACAUCGCACGAAAAGCCAGAAAAGGUUAAUACUUUCACUCGGCUCCUCCAAAUAAUCACCAUGGCUUCCAAAAACACUGCGAGCGGCGACGACCGCUUCUCCAAGGUUAAGAAGGACCCUCGCUUCUGGGAGAUGCCCAACAGAGAGCGCAAGGUCAAGAUCGACGAGCGUUUCCAGUCCAUGUUCCACGACCAGCGCUUUAAGCUGAAGUACACAGUGGAUAAACGCGGACGACCCGUCAACCACACGACCACCGAGGACCUCAAGCGCUUCUACAAGCUCUCUGACUCCGAAGAGGAGGACGAGGAGACGGAAAACACAGAGAAAGCUGAUGACGAACCUCAGGUUGAGGAUGAAGAUGAGAGUGAUGAAUCUGAAGAGGAGGAAGAAGCCGAGAAGCUCCUGAAGACACAAAAGGCGAAGAAAACCAAAGAGCCGUUGAUAAAGGGAGUGAGAGUGUUUGAAGAAGAUGAAGAUGAAGAAGGUGGUUCUUCUGAAGGUGAAGAGGAUGAGGAUGAUGAGAGCGAGUCAGAUGAAGAUGACGAGGAAGGACCUGAUCUGGCCAGAGGGAAGGGUAACAUUGAGACCAGCUCUGAUGAAGAUGAUGAUGAGGAAGAUGAUUUGGCGGAAGAGGAGAUUGAGCAUGACUGGGGAGAGAUGUGUAAAGAUGCUCCACGUGGUGACAAUACUUCGAGGCGGUUGGCAGUUUGUAACAUUGACUGGGACAGACUGAAAGCUAAAGAUCUGCUGGCUCUCUUUAAUUCGUUUAAGCCCAAAGAAGGCGUAGUGCUGUCUGUAACGAUCUACCCGUCUGAGUUUGGGAAGGAGAGGAUGAGGGCAGAGCAGACCCAGGGUCCGCUGGAGCUCACCAGCCUCCCAGACGACCCCGACGCAGACACAGAGGAGCAAAGGAUCUGCCGGGAGAAAGUGCGUGACUAUCAGUUCAAGCGUCUGAGGUAUUACUACGCCGUGGUGGAGUGUGAGUCCGUGGAAACGGCGGUGAAGAUUUACGAGGAGUGUGACGGCCUCGAGUACGAGAGCAGCUGCUCCAUGAUCGACCUGCGGUUCAUCCCUGAUGACGAGACAUUUGACGAUGAGCCGAAGGACAGAGCGACCGAUGUGGAUUACGGUUCCUACAAGCCCAAGCUCUUCACGUCGGCGGCCACCACCACAGCCAAGGUCGAGCUGACGUGGGAUGAAACGGAUCACGACCGGGUCACUGCUCUCUGCCGGAAGUUCAACAAGGACGAGCUGUUGGACAUGGACUUUAAGGCUUACCUGGCCUCCUCCAGUGAGGAAGAGGAGGAGGAGGAGAAACAGACGGAAGCUGAGGAGCCGGCUCAGCCUCUUCCUGAGGAGAAGAAGGCCAGUAAGGGGAAGAAGAGCGCAGAGCAGAUCGCCAAAUACAGAGAUCUACUGAAGAGCAUUCAGGACAAAGAGAAGGGGAAUGAUGACGCCAUGGACAUGGAGAUCACAUGGGUACCAGGACUGAAAGAAACAACCGAGAAGCUUGUGAAGAAGAAAAUGUUGGGCAAAGAUGUGCUUUCUCCGUGGGAGGAAUACCUGCAGAAGAAAAAGGAGAAAAAGAAAGAGAAGAGGAAAGGAAAGAAGGACGCGCUGGAGGCGGAGCCUGGGAUCAGUGAUGAUGAACUUCCUGCUGAUGUUGACCUCAACGACCCCUUCUUCAGAGAGGAGCUCGGCGCGACAGUGUCCCUGGAAAACAAAAAGAACAAGAAGAGCAGGAAGAAGGAUGAGGAAAGGACGCCCGAAGAACGGGAAGAGCUGGAGAGACGGAGGGCUGAGAUGGAGCUGCUGAUGGCUGACGACGAAGAUGACAAGCACAAACAUUUCAACUACGACAAGAUCGUAGAGCACCAGAACCUGAGCAAGAAGAAGAGGAAGAAGCUCCUGAAGAGCGACACGCCACUGGAGGACGACGACUUCAAGGUGGACGUUCACGACCCGCGCUUCCAGUCUAUGUUCACGUCCCAUCUUUACAACCUGGACCCGUCCGACCCGGCCUACAAGAAGACCAAAGCAACGCAGAGCAUCUUAGAGGAGAAACUGCGGCGCAGAGAGGAGGAGCUCCAGAGUCAGGAGGAGACGUUGAAGAGCAGAGCCACACGGGAGAAGACCACAGCAGAGACUUCGUCCUCCUCUAAAGUCAUGGACCCCAGUUUAUCACUGCUCGUCAAAUCCAUCAAGAGCAAAACUCAACAGUUUCAAGAGCGUAAGAGACAAAAGACAAAGUAGACUGAGAACCAGAGUGAUGUAAAGCUGUUUGAUAAUAAACUUCAUAUUUGGUUUGCAAUAUGAUUAGUGCUGCUAUAAAAUCAUCUCCUAGUUCAAAAUCAUUAAAACAUCAUAUAGUUUACUCGUCUCUUACCCCCUAAAAAGUAACUAAUUGAGUUACUUAGUUACUUUUUAUUAAUGUUUUUUGCUGCCUGUUUGAACAAAGGCAAAAAAUACGUCAGAGUGACACUUUUACUGAAAGACGAGACAGUUAAAACUGGAGUUAAAGUUAGCUUUAUUCGUUAUGACACAAAACGCUUCCCACACAUUCAAAUAAGUCUGUUGGCACUUUCACAGGCACCUUAUUUUCAAUAUAACAGAAGUAACAGGCUUGUCUCGUGUGCAGUAUAAAGUCUAAGCUGUGAGUGAAUGAAUGAAUGAAUGAAAACCUCUUAUCACACUUAUAUUUCCAGGGAACGUGACCAGUGUUCAGAGCAUGUAAAAACAUCUGAAUACAUGGUCCAGGAAUAUAAAGUGUACACGUAAGAACGGCUUGGGACCAUUAAACCCAAUCCAGAAAAGGCACAAAUUGCAGAUUUUAAGUUUGAUUUGACCAAAUAAUGUGAAACUCCAGUCUGGAUCACAUUGGAGCAUUUCAAGAGAGAAACCAGACAGAAUGAAAUGAUUAUAGAUUGUGCCCGUGUUAAACAAUAACUACUUGAUGAGAUAUAGUGCAAUUAAAGUUUGACAUCUACAUGUACGUCAUCUGAAAGAGCUUGAGGGGAGUUUAGUGUUUCAGGUUGGGUUUUUGUUUCUUCCCAUUUUAUGGCAAAAAUUGUUCGGAAAAGUGUCAAAACACCUCGAGUUGUGCACUAAAGUUUAAUACUUUAAUAAAAUCAGUUGUCUUAACCGGC